AUGCUUCAUAUGUCUCAGGUGCUAGAUCAUCAUCUGUCAAGCACAAACACUGAUCUUAAAAGUUGUUGGAGUACGAGCAGCGGCGAUACGAUUUCGAUGAGCAACGAUCUCAGAGCAUUGCACUCACCUUCUACCUCUUCUUCGAGCACUGCGUCUGGAUGCAGCUCUGGAACAUCUCCCAAGCAGUCAACAUGGCAACGUAACGCUUCUGAUGGUUUGAUGCAAUGUGCAAAUGGAUUUUUUCGAGAGCCAGAUCGCAUGGAAAACGGUGAAAAGAUCAAACGACCGAUGAACGCUUUUAUGGUUUGGUCUCAAAUUCGUCGUGCUCAAAUCGCAAAUCAAGACGGAAAAAUGCAUAAUUCACAGAUCAGUAAAGAACUUGGUAUCGAAUGGCGUAAGAUGAACGCUGAACAAAAAGCGCCCUACAUUCAAAGGGCCAAAGAUCUGAGGGAUGAACUAAUGCGUCAACAUCCGGACUAUGUCUAUCGUCCCAAACGCAAGCCACGUUUACGUCAGAAGUCAUCGUCGUCGGUCCGUCCUCUGAAUGCAUCCUCAUCCUCCUCAGCAGCAUCCUCACUGAAUAUCCCUCAAACCCUAACGUCAACCCCAAACAAACUUAUCCAAAUCCCAUCCACAGUCUCCAUCAAUUCACAUCUGCAAACCAUACCUCAACUCCAGUCGCAACCCAGUUCUAAUCCAGAUCCCAACUCCACAACCCAGUUCCUUCUGUCCGCUGCUACGGCUGCAGCUGCAGCAGCUCAACAGCAACAGUCUAUUCUGCUAGCUGCAUAUCAAGCACAACAACUUCUCGCUUCGUCAAAUAAAUUCAACGACAUUCACAACGACAAAAUCUUUGAUAAGAUAUCCGAGGCAACACAGAAGUACACAGCAACAGAGAACAGCAGUACACCGCUACUAACGCCAUCAGUGAAUUUAUCAGCGAUGUUGAAUCCAACGAGCGUUUCGUCGCUCGAUGACACUCGCAACUUCACCGAUGCAGUCGCCUAUUUAAAUGCACACUUCAAUCCUCUCUUCUUGCAACAACUCUCCAAUUCCUUUAUGUUGACCAAUUCUUCAUCUCAUUCACGUUCGCAGUGA